UUUGAAAUAAUUAAUUAAAGAUGAAACUAUAUAUAAUUUAAUUUAUUUGUUUUAUUAUGGUCAACAAACUUUCCGUACUAUGCGUCUAACAGAGCCAGACGGCUGGCUCUCCCCCCCAACACAAUUCCCUACAGUCGCCAUAUUGAAUUUUUAUUUUCAACAAAACAAAGGGACGGUCAAACUCAGUUCAUCAUUGAAACAGUCUAAAUACGCUAAAUUAGGUGAAUUUUAACAAGUCAAAGCUGCAGUAUAGACCCCGUGAAUCAAGCUUAGAUAUGUGCGUGCAGGAAAAACAAAGAAUUCAAGAAGAAGAAAAAAUGGAGAAAACCGUAUUUUUCAAGUCAAUAACGAGUGAUUCAAUACUAAAGACAAUCUUGAAGCGUGAGACGCGGGACACGUUUAUAAAAGCCUAAUUUAGACCUAGAUUUUAAAUUUAACUUAUUUAUUGUAUAAUUGAUAAAAAAGAUAAUUCUAAUAAUUCGAGACUGAAUUCAAAAAGAAGAAAGUAGAAGUAAAAAGAAAAAUGAAGCUUUUAGAGAAUUCUGGGAUAGAAGCCAUCAAUAAUCUUCUCUGUCUGGAGACUGGGGAUUCAAAGAUCGUUGGAAGGAUUGAGAGUUACUCCUGCAAGAUGAUCGGAGCAGAGAAACAACAAUAUAAAAAGUUCUCUGUUGGACGGGAUCCACAAGCUGUAGAAGCCCUGUCUCCUCCUACUAAUGGAUACGGUGGAUACGCUUUCUCAACCUCGCCGGUAAGUCGAUCCUACUCCCGGAGCUCCGGGUCGGAGGAUGAGGGUGUUGGGAUUCUCUGUGAUACGAUUGCCAGGAAAACCCUGUUCCAUCUUAUCUCAACCCUCAACGCUGCGUUCCCAGAUUAUGAUUUCACCGACGCGAGAUCAUCUGAGUUCACAAAGGAACCAAAUCUUCAGUUUGUGACGAGCAACGUGGACAAUUUACUGAGUGUUGCUGCGAGCUCCCUCUACAGUAAGAUCCACGACAAGCUGUGGAUAACUCUGAACCAGGAGAUUAAUCUCGUAGAUUGUGAGAUCUACUCAUACAACCCAGAUCUUACAUCAGAUCCAUUCGGAGAAGAAGGUUCCUUGUGGAGCUUCAACUACUUCUUCUUCAACAAGAAGCUGAAGAGGGUGGUUCUGUUCACCUGUAGGGCACUCUCUCCCUAUAGCCAGGAGUACUAUGAGACUGGGAUGAGUUGUGAGGAGGAUAUGGAGUAUUCUUACUAAUCCUGGCUCCUGGAUCCGUCACAGAUCCACCCAUCCAUCCUAGGCAUCUAUAUACCCCGUCUAGGGAUAACACAAAGCACAUUCAUAUAUUCUCCUGUAUAUAUUGUAAUUAUAUAGUAUUAGAACUCUUCCUCCAGUCCAGGACGCAAAAAAUAUGAUUUGUGUUUGAUGUUAAUCUUUAACUUUAAUCCGUUCUUAUUUUAAGCUCUGUCUGGCCUGGAGAAAAGGUUGAAAAUGUUGUAUGGAGCUUGGUUUUAUUUAGAUUUUUUUUUGUCAUAUUCAUGCAGAACGAAUGCAAUCCUGGAGAGCUGAUAGCACUCUAGGAUUGUUAGUUGUUCCAGUCUAGCUCCGGGUACACCCGGAGCUACACGAUUCUUAACCAAGCCUCCAGUUUACUGGACAAGCUAGAGCUAGGGCAUGAUGUUAACGGUUUUCCGGACCUUUAACUGUGAUUUUAAAACAAGUUUAUGACGACCUUAUUUUGUUUUCAUUUCAAAAUUCCAAUCAAAAUUUGCGUUAAAAGAUUUUAGCUAAAAAAAAAUUUGUUUCCAAACUUAAAAUCCCAUGUCCGGAUCCCGAAAUACCCUAGUUCUUGGUUGUCUUUACUUUGUGUGUUUUCAAUGAAUCGUUUUAAUAAACGGUUUACUGAAAAUACAUAAAAGAAUACGAGAAAAAAUGUUGAAAUUGCUUCUGUAGAAAUUAAUAUUUUGUUUAACAAAAUGUUUAUCUGGUACUUUUUUAACCUUUCUCUUGUAUUUUUCAGUAUUUACCCUCUUCCCUAGAUCUCCCUAAUUUACAGUCAGAAAACUAUAUAUUUUAUAUAAAACGUGAUAAAAACAAAAACAAAAAGUUCUUUCACUAUUUACUAAUUAAUACUUUCAGUUGUAUAUAUAUACUCUUCCUCUACAAGAACAAGGUUUGAAGUGAAUUUAACACGAACUUACAAAACCAGCGCUCUAACCCACAGCAGAGACAUUAAAAAAAGUGAGAAAGUGAAACAUGAUGAAUACUCUCGCGACUCAAACCAAACCUCAUCAUUGUCAUCUCUACAGUACAACAAUCCCCAGUAGACUUGGAGCAGGUUCGAACCUGCUCUUUCUCAGGGAUUGAUCUUAUAGUGAUCAAAGACACUUUGGUGAUUCAUCACUAAGUGCCAGGUGUAAAUUGAUAAGAAUCAUUCUCCUCCGAGGGAAUGAUUCGUUGCUAAGGAUGCUCUAGGCUAAACCUUGAACCUCUAACCCAGAACCGUCCCGGCAGGUUGGAUCCUUGUGAUUUCUAGCUUAUAGAUAUCCGUCCAACAUCAGGCCAGGUUUCGGAUCCUCUCAUUACAUACUAUUUAUGUAGAUAGGAUCGUGUACCUAGAGUAGGUUGCCUUGCUCCUUAAACUUUCUGAGUUUGGGUUUCUCUGCAACCCUGACUCUGUUUCUCCGACCAGGACGCAUCUUGUUGAGUUUUAUUGUAUCCUCUUAUGUAUUGUUGCAGCCUAGGUAUGAUAUCAACAGAAUGUGCAAAUAAAUAUAAAGUAUUUUAAAA